CGGAAACGUUUAGUCAGGAAUGUGGCCUGUCACCAAGUAUUGAUGUCGAUUCAAUACAGGAUAGAAUGAAUAUUCGUAACGCUAUCCAAAACGGAAACGUCGAAGAAGCAAUUGAACGUGUAAACGAUUUAAAUCCUGAGCAACGUCUGAUUGAGUAUAUUCGUCAAGGAAAAGUGGUUGAGGCUUUAGAGUUUGCUCAGGAUGAGUUGGCACCCCGUGGUGAAGAAAACCCGGAAUUUUUGGAAGAACUAGAACGCACAAUGGCAUUGUUGGCAUUCGACGAUACUGCAGUAUCGCCCGUUGGAGAUUUACUUCACCAUUCACAACGUCAACGUACUGCCAGUGAACUAAAUGCUGCUAUUUUGACAUCUCAAAGUCAAGAAAAAGAUCCAAAACUUCCUAGUAUGUUAAAAAUGUUAGUCUGGGCCCAAGAUGAAUUAGAUGAAAAAGUACUUUUUCCUAGAAUGAAAAAUCUUGUUACGGCCGAAUUGGCUGAAG